UCGUCCUCAAUCUCGUUGAUUUCGUAUUACAGUAGAGCUCACUUAUAGCAAGUUACUUACCACAAGUCGAACGUUCAGUAUGGUAGGGACAAGAGUCUAUGUCGGUGGGCUUCCAUACGGCACCAGGGAAAGAGACCUUGAGAGAUUUUUCAGAGGCUACGGUCGGUUCCGUGAUGUUCUCAUCAAGAAUGGUUAUGGCUUUGUUGAAUUCGACGACUAUAGAGAUGCUGACGAUGCCGUAUACGAAUUAAACGGAAAAGAACUUUUAGGCGAAAGAAUUACUGUAGAGAGGGCCCGGGGGACACCUAGGGGUAGUGACCAGUGGCGCUAUGGUGACUCCCGUGGUGGUUAUGGGGACUCGAGGCGAUCUGCCCGAGACGAUAUGCGGCACGACAGAGAUAGUGUGAACAGAAACACGAGGACUGCAUCUAGCUACAAGCAAUCAUUGCCCAGAUAUGGCCCACCAACACGCACCGAGUACCGCUUGACUGUGGAGAAUUUAUCAAGUCGUGUUAGCUGGCAGGAUUUGAAGGAUUACAUGAGACAAGCUGGUGAAGUGACAUAUGCUGAUGCUCAUAAGCAACGUAGAAACGAAGGAGUUGUCGAAUUCGCGACGUACUCCGACUUGAAGAACGCUAUUGAUAAAUUAGACGAUACAGAAUUGAAUGGUCGCAGGAUUAGACUCAUCGAAGACAAGAGACGUGGUCGUCGUUCAAGAUCUUCUAGUUCGCGAUCGCGUUCCCGAUCACGAUCUCGAUCGCGUCGUCGGUCGCGCUCCCGUUCAAGGUAUAAUCGUCGUUCUCGAUCCCGAUCAAGAAGCCGUCGCAGUUCUCGCAGCCACAGCCGUCGUAGCACCCGUUCCAAGUCAAGAGCACACUCGAAGUCCAAGUCCAAGUCUAAAUCCAAAUCCCCCGAGCGUAGUCGUUCACGCUCAAAAUCCAAAUCAAGAGACCGCUCAAAGUCGAAAUCUAAGUCAAAGUCCAAAUCCAGAUCUCGUUCUAGGUCCAAGGCUGAGAGGUCAAAGUCCAGGUCGCAGUCCAAAUCCAAAGCCAAGUCUCCCUCAAAGGAUAGGUCGAGCCGCGAGCGUUCCAGAGGUGACAGAUCCCGCUCCCGAUCAGGAAGCAAACAUAGCAAGAGCCGUAGUCGCUCUCGUUCGCCUAUGAAUGGUGACAAAUCGCCGGAGAGCAGCAAACAGAAAGCCGACUAAGCAGAGAGAUAAAAAAAAUCAGCAAACUAUUAUUUGUUCUUUCUUUUCCUUCUUUUUUGUUUUUUUUCU